CUUACAACCGCCAAAUCGGGUAUUUGGAUGGUCUGGACAGAACUCCAAAGGAAACCCCAAACUUCUCGAGAAACACCAUGCUUCCAACUCGAUAACAAAUAAAGAACUCUUUCGCAAAAUGUGGAUUUUACCUCUGGUGGGUUACAUUGGCCUCGCUCUAGGCUUUGGCUUCCUAACUCUCGCGAUCGGUAAGGAGCUCCCAAGAGCCCGCUUCUCACGAGCGCAUAGCUAAUACUCAUCUGGAAACUAGCAUCUGGACUUUACUACCUCUCUGAACUGGUAGAAGAACACACAGUCAUUGCCAAGAAACUCCUCACUCGAUUAAUUUACCUCGUCAUCGCAAUCCAAACCCUCCUCUGCCUCGUCGAUGGCUUCCCCUUCAAGCUCUCCCUCCUGAGCAUCGUCUCGCAUAUCGUAUAUCUAGGCAACAUGCGGAAAUUUCCCAUCGUGAAGCUGAGCGACCCCCUAUUUUUGGCAUCCUGUGGUAUGUUUCUUUCAGCCUUCCCUUCCCAAAUCAAUAGAUUGAAGAAACUCGGUGACUAAUUCAGAAACACAGGAUUGGUCCUUCUAAACCACUACGUCUGGUUCUCGCACUUCUCCAACCCACACCUCGCCGCCCCUCGUUCGCGAUACGACAUGGUCAACAUGCCGACCUUCACUGAAAUCGCGUCUUAUUUUGGUCUUUGCGUCUGGCUCGUUCCAUUCGCUCUCUUCGUCUCCCUUUCCGCGGGCGAUAAUGUGCUGCCUACGAUGGGGAGCGAAGCCCCUGGUGUCGGCGCUGGGGAUGGAAAGAACAAGAGACAGGGGAUGAUCAAAGUCUUGGUUGAUACGAUAUUAGGGUGGAUUGGGGGUGUGGGUCAGAUGGCCGGGUUGGGGGCGAGGAAGGAGAGGGGAUUUUGA